UUUCUGUAGAAUGACGCUCAUUCCAUCCCUCCAUCCCUUCUCUCUUUCUUCUCCUCCUCCUCCUCCUCCUCUCCAUCCCUCACUCGCACUCCCUCACAGCUACUCCUCUUCAUACCCCAACAAAGACAAUAUCUCAUAAUGACCGUCAUCGCCAUCGUCCCCGCCCCCCAGCCCUCCUUCGCCUCGACCCUCUUGGCCUCAUACCUGACGGAGCUCGCGGCGAACCCCCUCCGCACCAAGGCCCUGACCUCCGGCACCCUCUCGGGCCUGCAGGAGAUCACCGCCACCAAGCUCUCAGGCAUGCCAAAGUCCAAGAACCCAGGCGACUUCAUUCUCGGCAUCAACAAGCGCGUGGUUCAAAUGGCUCUCUAUGGUCUCUUGGUCAGCGGUCCAUUGGCCCACACGCUGUUCGAGUUGGUGACCAAGCGCUUCUUGGGCAAGGAGGGCGCCAAGUGGAAGGUCGCCCAGAUCCUGAGCACCCAGCUCAUCACCUCCCCCAUCCAGAACGCCACCUACAUCUUGGCCAUGGCCCUCUUCGCUGGUGCCAGGACCACGGGCCAGAUCAAGGCCGCGUUCAAGCAGGGAUACCUGCCAAUGAUGAAGACAUCAUGGAUGCUGUCGCCUCUUUCGAUGGCGUUUGCGCAAAAGUUCUUGCCACCCAACGUUUGGGUGCCUUUCUUCAACUUGGUCGCCUUUACCUUCGGAACAUAUGUCAACACGACGAUUAAGAAGGCCCGUCUGGCGCAGAUGAAGCGGGAGCAGCAGCAGUUGCGUGAUGCUGAGAGGCGUGCCCGCGAUGAGCUGUAAAAGGGAUCCAUAGAUCAGCUUGAUGCUGCCCCUCUAUGUUGUAUAUUUCCUCCUGCACCAUUAAAUAAAAAGAGAACCGGAAGAGACACCAUUACUUGUGUGUACUGUCGUCGGGUUACUUCAUCCGAUAAUCUGAUGCACAUGCGAUCGUACUCAAAGCGCGUACACGUCCUGUUUGAACGCGUCGUGGUUCAAUAACCGAGAAGCGGAUCAAUCAGAAUGGACGUGUCAAACGCGGCUACUCGUUGCUUGGGCGGUUAUCUACACUGAUGGUCACUAAUAACACGAAAUCACGCACUCGAUGUCAUUACUUCCUAUCCCCAAGUUCAUUCUUUGAAUCAAAGAUGACCUUCAUACUACAAGCGUCCCU